GCAGCAGCAGCAGCAGCCGCAGCAGCCGCAGCAGCAGCUGCCGAGGCCGAGGCAGCCGCCAAGCUUAAUGUGAAUGCGAGCGUGUUUGUGCCGCGCUCGAAAGACGAUGAGGAUGUGCGCCUGGUCGAUCUGAAGCUCCAUUUCGAGUCCAUGGACGUGCGCAAGCCAGCGGGCGAGCCCAAGCUUCUGCUGCCCUGGAAGGGCUUUCCCAAGCCCCCGCAUGUCGAGCGGUCCGGCAAACCGCGCACGUAUCCGCUGCCAAAGCUGGCCAGUCCAGGCAUCCAGUCCGAGAUCCCAGCAGCUCCACACAAAGAGCUGAAGGCGGCUGUCAUCCGUGAGACGGAGAGCAAAGCGGAGGAGCCAUGCCCACCGACUGCUGUGCCAGAGAAGGAGCCGACGUGCGCGCCGCCUGCCUGCUCGCUGCUGAGCAACCGCAAGAAACCGCUGAAAGAUCGAGCCCUGAUCAAACAGCCCCUACCCGACGAUAAGCGGCGCGAGUACGAGCGCAAGGUGGCCCUGGAGGCCCUCAAGCUGGUGGAGCAGCGGCGCAUGCGCGAGCCGUCUGAGCAGCCAGAGGUCAUAGUUCAUCUGACGCGCUCGCCCGUCGAGUUCACGCCCGAGGAGCGUGCGCGCGUAGAUCGACUGCGCAUCAUCAAGCGGGAGCACAUCGAGAGCGUGCUGCGCGAGAUGCGCGACGAGCGGGAGCUGCAGCAGCAGAAGGCCCAGGGUAUGCCGAUCACUAGUCGCUACAUAUGCCUGAAGCGCAGCACACAGUCGAAUGCCCUGCCUGAGCCGCAGCAACCAGAGCAGGCAAAGCAACCAGAGCAGGCAAAGCAACCAGAGCAGGCAAAGCCUCCACAGCAGCAGGCGCCGCAGCCGCCCUUGCCGAGGCGCUAUAUACCCACAGUGAAGCAGUGGGACGAGCGCUGCAAGGCCAAGGCCCAUGCGGCUGCCGCCAGUGCCAACAAGGAGAACAGUACUCUGGCCAAGAUUGGCAGCCGGUUCGAGGAGCAUGCCAAUCCGCAGCGAGCCAUGGGGCCGUCCAGUCAGGGCAACAUCAUGCCCAGCAAGGCAACGCCCCACAGUGGCUCAGCAGCCAAGGAUCGUGAGCUGUUCGUGCCGCGCUACUGGCCACCGGCACCUACGUUGGCCAAGGGCGAGUCGCGUCGUGGGAAUCUGACCCACGCGCGCAACAUAACACGCGCCUUUGCCAACUGCGGUCUGCUGCCCACGCCGUCGGCCGCCUGGGAGCAGGAGAGCGCCAAGCACGAGUACGAAUCGCUGCCGAGCGCAGCGCAGAAGUCCGUAAGGCGUUACGGCAUGGAGCAGCUGCUGAAGCUGGAGCCGCAGCCCCACAAACUGGAGAAGCCAAUCAUCGCUGAGCGCCUGGCCAAGCUUGGCUUUCUGUCCGAAUAGCAGUUGG